CGACAGACACGAUGAUGUCAACGCAGGAAGAACCGGAGAAUAUCGGCAAAGUGCUCAGUCUUCUCCGGGAGUGGGAUCGUGGUGACAGGACGGUCCGCAGCCGCAUGUUGAACACCUUCCUGACUCACAACACAGGGAAGACUUUUCAUGAGCUCGAGCUGGAGUUUGCACAGGUUGCAAGUCUCUUCCUGGCUCGACUCACCACCUGGAUGAGACUCACAUACAUGUUUGGGACGUUCUUGGGACUGCAGCUUAAAGCAAUUGGGAUUUUCCUCUCUGCAUCAAGCCAUGAUCAGUACCUGAUGGAGUUCCUGGAGGACGGAGGUGUCCUCACUCUCCUGGACAUCUUGAGCCACUCUCAGAGCAAAGAGGCGGAGAAGGCCGAGGCCCUCCGUCUUCUGCGCACCGUCUCAAAUGCUGGUCGCAAGUACAAAGAAGUUAUCUGUGAAAGCCAAGGUGUGAAAGCCGUAACAGAGUGCCUGGCUAAGUCAAACACAGAUGAAACUCAAGAGGCAGCAUGGGCCCUCCUGGAGUCCCUGUCGCAUGGAAACCCCAAAUAUCAAAACCAAAUCUACAAAGGUCUGAUUGCUCUCUUGACCUGUACCUCCCCUCAGACCCAGCAGCUGGUCCUGCACACCUUACACACCAUGCAGUCCAAAAUGAAAACAGCUCAUCACAGCAUCGUAGAGCCUCUGCUGAAUAUGCUCCGGUCCCUGCACCUGGAGGUUCAGGAUGAAGCGAUAAAUCUGAUUUUAGACCUGAGGUGUUAUGAUGUGAGGCCGCUGCUGCUCACUGGACUGUUGGCUCUGCUGAGGCCUGUUAGAGAAGAAGUGCAGCAGCACCAGAAUGUGGAAGAGUCUGAGAUAAUGAAGAUGACAGGAUCGCUGCGUAUGUUUGUGCAACAAGCUGCUGCAGCUAAAACUAUACGGCUGCUGGCCGAGGACAGUCGAGACGUUUCUCUUGAGCUUCUCUCUCUCGGAGUGAUCCAACGUCUUCUGUACGCGAUGGGCAACAGAGAGCACACUGAUGCACAAAUACAAGCCAGUCUGGCCUUGGAGCACUUUGUCCUCUCACACCCAGUUAUUAAGGAACAUGUGCAGAGAGGCAUCGGCAGCACGCUGUUUGCAGCCUUUAUGCACCAAGCUGACACUUUGCACAUGAAUAUGGAUGAAAGAGAAGCAGAAAUCCUGCUCUCUAACAAGGUUAACAUAACUGAAGUUUUGGAUGGUGACAACUCUGAAGGCUGACAGUGCGGACAAAUAAUUCAAAUAAUGAAGAUGAAUGAACUAGAACAUUUAUGUAAAUUCUGUUUGCAUGUUAUUAAAAGACCGUUUAAUUCUUAA